AGUUUAAUGAUGGAUGUGUUUGAGCGCCUGUCGUCUGACAAUGGAGGGAAAACCGCGCUUGGUCUGUAGAAAAGUCGCCAAAGUGACGAAGGUCAAAAAGUCAACGGAGCCACCAUAUCCGCACGACAACUCCAGCUGUCAAGGACCUGCAAAGAUACCGCAAACCCAUGGAUGUCCUAACGGACUGGCACAGCCAACAAAGGAAGUAGAGGACUAUUACUACGUCCAGUCUGAUUAUGGUUUGUCAGCAAGGACAGUAAAUAAGAGCCGAGCUAGUUCGAGAGCUUCGUCUAUUUCGUCCUGGGUUUCCUGGCAGGACCAUGCGACUCCGAGAAAGAGCAGGGCCAUACAGAGGGUGCGUCAGCUUUCCGAGAAGAUCACAGGACUCGAACUUCCACGCCGUCAAACGCGUCUGCGUCUGCCCGACGUGGUCGCCAGGAGAUCUGUGUCUUCCCGAUCGGCCGUGAACGCGAGUGGAACGCCAGGUUUGGAGCGGCAGUACUCCAAAACAGCCCCGGCGCGGCUGGCGUCAAUACGCGAAGGACAAUAUCUAUCGGGUACGUUACAUUUUCCUCCUAUUCUCAGUAGCACAGAGGCGACCGCACAAAAACGAUAGACAGUGUGACGUUUUUCUCUAAUGAUGAAUAAUUGAGCAUGUCGACUUUUCAUGGAGAGAACAAUGGACGACAACCGGCCGUUUCAAGGGGACAAAUUCUGGGAUUUGGCUUCAAUAGAGACGAGGACAAUUCAUUAUGAUAUGCACGGGGAUACGGCAUAGCAACAGCGGGGACAGCUUACGACAAACUGGUCCCUUGGGUAUUGCAAAGCCGCAAAGACCUUGCAGGAAGGAUUGAACAUUUUGUUGUCACAGUGACAAUGGGCAGGAAAUGUUGUUGUCGACGUCAAGACCAAGACGCAUGACGCAGUCUGUAAGUACUUUGUGAUUCUGAUCUCCCAUCGCUAAUUUUUUCUCGUGGUUUGAGCUCCAGGAUGUGCUAUGUUCAUAUCUUAGAGACCGCGUAAACAAUUUUGUGGCAAUGAAUAGGUUACAACAAGCCCGUCUCUUCGAGCCCGGAUAUGAAACAUCAAAAUGGACUUUUCGCGCAUUUGAAUGAAGAAAUUUAAAGCCAGCGCUGUACAAAAAGAGCAGACUGCCUGUUCCCAAGAUGAGCACAGUCAGCCGUUUUCCGCCAUUACAAGUGUCUUCUGUGAAGGAGAUGGACAAAAUUAGGCCAAGGUCUCACGAAAUACCAAGGCAGAGUCAGCAGGAUGGACAAUCCUCCGACAAACCCCGGCCGAAAUCUCAAGAACUUCCGCUGAUCAGAGGCGCUUCGAGAGCGGGGUGGCGCACAGCGAAGUCUAGAGUUGCGUCUAAAACGCGAACGGACCAUGACUCGGCGCUGAGUUUGAAACCACCGCCUGGCCACACGGGGCGCACCCCGUCCCCGGGUCUCAGGCCUCGGGCGGGGUGGGAGAAACAAGAUGGCGCCAGGACCCCGUCAGAGGAGAUGGACGAUCUCAACCGGUCCAGCAGAAACAGGUUCUAUCGAACCGCUGCCAUGGCAACGAGGUCCCAGACACUCCUGGAUAUCAGCCGCCAUCUUGUCCCUCCAAUCGCUGGUCAAAAUCAACGACGGGAAAGCGACUUUCAGGAAACGAAAACGACUGAGAUGAAAAGUGAAGCAGUCGACGAGAAAUAUGGUUGGCAGUCAACGGAUAAUGUUACACUUACGUCAAGUACUGUUAGGUUGACUCAAGAAGCCGUAAGUCUAACGGUAAGAGAUCUUUAUUCACCUCUUGUGAAUGAUGAUGUGUGUGAAGAUAGCAACAAUAGAGAAGAGACAUGGGACUAUAGUUCGAUGCGUUUGAACAAAAUUCAACAACCAGGAGGAGUCGAAGUAGUUAACUCAACUCUCGGGGAUAAGAUCUCGCGUGGAGACGACAAAGGUCGAGAACAAAUAGAGCACCGCAGCCUCAUACAUUUGAACCAAAAGCACGGCAAAGAAACAUUUGUUUCAACUCUCGUGGGUACACGUAGGAACUCGCGUAAAGAUGGGGACGACCAAGAAGAGAGACAGGACAAAAGUCAUAACACAUCGGCGAGAGAAUCACCAGAAGACGUGUACUUGAGCGCCGGUCUCUCGUACGGUUACAAGUUGCGGAAUGAAAUCUCCAGAUGGGGUAACCAGGACAGCUCCAGGUUUUCUCACUCCUUAAAGCUGCUGAAUCGCAUCGAAUCGGGCAUAGGGAGCAUGCUGGGGGGAAAAACACUACAGAGUGCGGAAUGUGAAGAGAAAUUACAGAGAGAAACGGAGAAUUCGUUGCCGAACUUACAGAUCAGUGAAAAUGCCUCGGAAGAUCCUUUGGCUUCGGACAAUACGCUGACACGUACACGCAUGAAUGAAGGAAAAGAAGAUGAAAACUCUGAAGGAAAAGGACAAAUAUUCACAUCACACGGACGCGAUGAGACUGACAGUAAUCUAGCGACCACAAACACGCCUACCCGGGAGUACACUAAACCAGCGAGAAACGCGAACUCUUGGUGCCAAACGUCGUACGGUGACUACUACGUCACAACACUUGAGGAGAAAAGACAACCAAAUCCGACACAAGGGCGUCAGAAAAACGGAAAGACUCUUGUUAGUGGAGAACUCCACACGUAUGAGGACUAUUUCAUUUCCUUAGAUAGUAGAAGUAAGUUCAAGAGGGUUUGACCAACGUUUUUGGAGUUAGAUGUGUAUAUAAUAAUAUUAGACAUUUCAGUGAAUGUGAUUCCAACAUGUAACGUGGAGUCUCUCAAAGCGAUUCUUCCCUUCUCAAACACGUCAUCUUGCGACUACACCGAAAAUUGCAGACUUCCGUCUCAAAAGACCAAUU